AUGUCGUCAGUCCAGAUCUCUAGAAUACUGAUUUCUUCGGAUUCAAUCGCCACCAUGUCCUCUCCGCAACUCGAGUACACCUCCUUUGUCCUCGCCGCCUUGACGGCCGGCGGCGGUAUCAUGGGAUAUGCCAAGACACGAUCCGCUCCCUCUAUUAUUGCCGGAUGCUCUGUCGGUCUUCUCUACGGCCUCGGUGGCUAUCGCAUUCAGAACCGCCAGCCCUACGGCAUUGAGCUCAGUCUUCUUGCCUCUGUGAUCCUGGGCGGUGCUUCUAUCCCCCGCGCCAUCCGCCUCAAGAAGCCCGUCCCCAUCCUCCUCAGUGUUCUGUCCACCUUUGGUGCCAUUACCUUUGGCAGUGCCUUCAAGAACUCUGCCUAA